UUUUAAACUCAUAGCAAAGCAGGCUAUUAAUUAACAUUAAAUUAAGUUUUAAAAAAGGGUUCAGACAUAUAGGAAAUAAUAAGAGGGUGGAGAAUUAGGGGGUGCUUUUUGGCUGAGGAAAGAGAGAGGAGAGCCAAGAAACAUAUCAAUAAAACAUUACAAUAUGAUUGCCAUUAAUAGCAGCAGAGGGGUUUAAAAAGCCUUCUUUUCAUCCCUUGUCAUUAUUUUCCAGGGUCCUUAAGGUUUUGAAGAGCAGGAUUUGGACACCCGUGUUCAGCCUGCAAGGAAGAUGCUGCACGUCUGAACAGAGGAUGACACGCAAGAGAGGCCCCGUGGAAGGCACUUCCCCCCUGAAAGAUCCUGGGAGGAAAAGGAGGAUUAGCCACAAACCAACCAACAUGGACUUGGGGAGAGGGAGUAAAUCCCCUGAAGCAAUGUAUUCUGGGAGAAUUGUGGGACCCCUCAGAAGAGCAAUUCUACCUCAGGUGAAGCAGGAACCUGAAGAGAGCUUGGCCUGUGGUUGGGAAGCCCAGUGGCAGGAGUUUCUAAGGAAAGCGGAGCCUCCUCAUUCCAGCUGGGGACCACCACAGCCUCUAGAAGAGCACAACCCAUGGGAUAAUGCUACUGCCUUCCUGAUCUCCUUUGAGCAAGUGGCCAAAGCUUACCAGUGGCCCAAGGAGGAGUGGAUGACCCGACUUUGGCCAGCCCUCAACGGAGAAGCCGAACAGGCCUUUAGCAGCCUGGAAGCUGGUGACAGAGAAGAUUAUGGGAAAGUGAAAGCCAUCAUCCUCCAAUGGGACACUCUCACACGGGAGCGCUGGCGUCGACACUUUCGACAUUUUCGUUACCAUGAAGCUGAGGGUCCGAGAGGGCUUUACGGCCAGCUCCAGGAGCUUUGCCACCAGUGGCUGAAGGUUGAGAGGCACACAAAGGAAAUUCUGGAGCUGCUGAUUCUGGAGCGAUUCCUCACUGUCCUUCCACUGGACAAGAGUUGGGUGAGGGAACAUGGCCCAGAGACCUGCUCCCAGGCCGUAGCUCUGGCAGAGGAGUUCCUCCUGAGGCAACGAGAGGUUGACAGAGAGAAUGACCGGAUAGCUUUUGAAGAGGAUGCUGCCAGUUCCUCUGAGGCUGGCCAGGCUCUGCCUGACAUCGAGCAAAAACAGUUUCACAUAGAAACCAAGCAGGAGGAAGCGAAGAAUGAAGAUGACAUUGAGGAUGGCAGAAGUCUGUUGGGCAAAGGAUAGAUGGCUGCAGAUGAUGGGGAGAGAUACAACCCAGCAGAUUCUGAAUCAGUGAGACCACAUGGGACGUCUGGGGGGAGAUUUGAAGAGAACCUUUCUUUGCAGUAUGAGCAGAAAAAUGUUUUUGCAUGUGAA